UACACAUACAUUAAUUAUUGGGAAUGAAAUGGUUGCUCGCCUGAUCUAAGACCCUUACAGUGCGAAAGUAGAAUAAUUGCGGCUGUCUGAGUAGAAAGUCGAGACUUGUGACAUUCGAGAGCUGAGGGAGAAUGCAGGAAUCGAUGGAGAGGGUUGCACGUUCGGAUGCAACUUGGACAUCGCAACAAGCCAAAAAGGUGUCACGUUUGCGCUUGCGAAAUGGGGGCCUGCUCUCGAGCGCUUGUCGUCGUGGGCGCUGCUUGCUGCGUGCAUCACGCAGCGGUGGAAAUGUUGAAGAUAUCGUCGUCUUCAUCGAGUUGGGGCGUCGUGACUUCGAUCUGCACAUCUAUUUCCAUGUCUUGCCCAUCAUCAUCAUCAUCCUCGCCAAAGGACUGAUGGCCAGCCUUGCUUGGCGAAGCUCCGCUUCCAUGAUGCAAGAUCCUCGAAACGUACGGCGAAGGGGCAAAGUGAGCUCCAAAGUGGGACUCCGUGCCCACUUGCUCGCCUCCGCUUCCAGCAGCAUGGAGGAUGGGUUCUCCAUUGACACUGUCCGCGUCGAAUGACCACUGUGAUUGGAGGUCGGGAGACAGGCGCCGAGCCUCGGGAUCUGGAUCAGCUUUGAGAACCUCGAGCACAAAGUCGUCCGGCUCGUGCACCAGCGAACCGCGAAUGUCCAACACUCGCUCCUGAUCUCGUGCUGAUCUAUCUCCCUCGCAUGGUGCUGAAGCGGGCAAGCCGACUAGACCCAGAGCAGAAGACGCGGAGGAGGACCGUUC